AUGGACAAUAUCAGGGACGGUUGGUUUAAAGAGACGUGCACAUUAUGGCCUGGCCAAGCAACUAGUCUCGAAGUUGACGAGAUCCUCUACCACAAGAAAUCCAAGUUUCAAGACGUGUUGGUGUUCAAGAGUAAAACGUACGGUAACGUGUUGGUUUUGGAUGGAGUGAUCCAGUGCACGGAGAGGGACGAGUUCGCUUACCAGGAGAUGAUUGCAAAUCUUCCCCUGUACAGCCACCCUUGUCCCAAGAAGGUUCUCAUUAUUGGUGGUGGUGAUGGUGGUGUGCUGAGAGAAGUGGUGAAGAAUCCUCAGGUGGAGUCAGUUGUUCUCUGCGAGAUCGACGAGGAUGUCAUUGACGUCUCAAAGAAAUUCCUCCCAGGCAUGGCCAAAGGUUUCUUCAGUCCCAAACUCACUCUACAUGUAGGAGAUGGCUUUGAGUUCAUGAAGCAAAACCAAGAUGCCUUUGACGUCAUUAUUACUGAUUCAUCGGACCCUGUUGGCCCUGCUGAGAGUUUAUUCAAGGAAAGUUACUAUCAACUGAUGAAGACGGCAUUGACAAACGGCGGGAUUCUCUGCUCCCAGGGAGAGUGUCAAUGGCUGCAUUUGGAUCUGAUAAAAGAAAUGCAAACCUUCUGCAAAAGCUUAUUCCCAGUAGUGGACUAUGCCUACGGCACAAUCCCAACUUAUCCCAGUGGCCAAAUUGGAUUCAUGCUCUGCAGCAAGAACCCCGAAACACAUUUCCAAAAGCCGGUGAAAGAACUGUCAAAAGGAGAACUGGAAAGCAUGAACCUGAAAUAUUAUAACACGGAGAUUCACAAAGCAGCAUUCGUGCUUCCUGAGUUUGCGAGAAAGGUACUCAAAGAAGCUUGA